ACCCCACAACCUCGCUUCGAUGCACCGGGCGCCGCGCAGUUCUCUGGACCGACGCUCUCCCUCCUUUCCCAUCUCCGUCAGCUCUCGCCCUCUGCCGCCCGGCAGAACCGGCAGCGGUCGGUGCGUAUCUCCCCGCCUGAUUUUUCGCUUCCCCGACUAAACAGCCACGGCCGGGGCUGAGAGACACCGGGCAAGGUCCCAACUAACUCGGGAGACGUUUUCGGCGGAGGCAGCAGAUUCUCCCGUCCCCGGGAUUGAGGGACUCGGCUGAGAAAUGGCAGGGCGCCGGCGACCCUGAGGUUUAGAAGAAUAAAGAGAAGUUUAAUUUGCAAGAGCUGUGAAGAAGCUUUUUCAACAGUUUGAAAUGGAUUGAUUUAUUUUGCCUCUGAUAUGUGAGAUCUACAUUUUGUGUCACUAUUUGCCAUCUGCUGCUGAUGGACUUCAUCUGACUUCAUCAGAGCAAGCCCAACAGAUAGGUCAUCAUUGCUAAUAAAACAUAAACAAGUGUGAUGCUGAAAUGAGAUGAGGCUCCGAAAUGGAACUGUGGCCACCGUGUUAGUUUUCAUCACUACUUUCCUCAGUUUGUCCUGGUAUACUGCAUGGCAAAAUGGGAAGGAAAAGUUGAUUGCAUAUCAGCGGGAGUUUCAUGCUUUGAAGGAACGUCUUCGUAUAGCUGAGCAUCGCACUCUGCAGCGCUCUUCUGAGCUGAACGCAAUCUUGGAGCAGUUCAGGCGUGCGGUAGCAGAAACAAAUGGGAGUAAAAAUGCAGUGAAUAAUUUUUCAGAUGAGACACUAAAAUUGUUAAAAGAGCUAACGAGUAGAAAAUCUCUUCAAGUGCCAAAUAUCUAUUACCAUUUGCCUCAUUUGUUGAAAAAUGAAGGAAGCCUUCAGCCUUCUGUGCAAAUUGGCCUUGGAAGAACAGGAGUUUCCAUUGUAAUGGGAAUACCUACAGUGAAAAGAAAAGUCAAGUCUUACCUUACAGAAACUCUUCACUCCCUUAUUGAUAAGCUGUCCCCUGAAGAAAAACUGGAUUGUGUAAUGGUUGUCUUUAUAGGAGAGACUGAUCUUGAUUAUGUUAACAGUGUUGUUGCAAGCCUGGAAAAAGAGUUUUCUACAGAGAUCAAUUCUGGCUUGGUGGAAGUAAUAGCUCCUCCUGCAACUUACUAUCCUGAUUUGACAAACUUGAAAGAGACAUUUGGAGACUCGAAAGAGAGAGUGAGAUGGAGAACAAAACAAAACUUGGAUUAUUGUUUUCUUAUGAUGUAUGCUCAGAAAAAGGGAGUUUAUUACAUCCAGCUUGAAGAUGACAUCGUUGUCAAGCAGAAUUAUUUCAGCACAAUAAAGAAUUUUGCACUUCAGCUCGCUUCAGAAGAUUGGAUGAUUUUAGAAUUUUCUCAGCUGGGUUUCAUUGGUAAAAUGUUCCAGUCUCCAGAUAUCACUCUUAUUGUAGAGUUCAUAUUUAUGUUUUAUAAGGAGAAACCUAUUGAUUGGCUUCUGGACCAUAUCCUCUGGGUGAAAGUGUGUAACCCUGAGAAAGAUGCUAAACAUUGUGAUCGACAGAAAUCUAACCUACGGAUACGCUUCCGGCCAUCUCUUUUCCAGCAUGUUGGCCUCCACUCCUCUCUAGCAGGGAAGAUCCAGAAACUCACAGAUAAAGACUUCCUGAAACCACUGCUACAUAAAAUCCAUGUGAAUCCACCUGCAGAGGUUUCGACCUCUUUAAAAGUCUACCAGGGGCAUACACUAGAAAAGACCUACGUAGGAGAAGACUUUUUCUGGGCUGUUACACCAGUUGCUGGCGAUUAUAUUCUGUUUAAAUUUGACAAGCCAGUCAAUGUAGAAAGGUACUUGUUUCACAGUGGCAAUCCAGAGCAUCCAGGAGACAUACUCCUAAACACAACUGUGGAAGUUUUGCCUUUUCAGAAUGAAGAACUGGUAUUAAGCAAAGAAACCAAAGACAAACGCUUAGAGGAUGGUUACUUCAGGAUAGGGAAAUUUGAAAAUGGUGUAGCUGAAGGAACAGUUGAUCCCAACCUAAACCCUAUUGCAUCAUUCCGGCUUUCAGUGAUACAAAAUUCAGCAGUUUGGGCAAUUCUGAAUGAGAUUCACAUUAAAAAGAUUACAAACUGAUCAUGGGAGUCUGCUUUAGAGGAAAAAGGAAGAAUCCUUGAAAAGUUUUCCUAUAAAAUCAUAACAACCGUAGCAAGUCACAAAUUCAAAGUACUGAGCAUGCACCUUAUUCCAGAUUUCCUUCAUUUUCACUCGAACUCUACCUCUUGUGAAAUCUACUGUAGAUGAGAAGAUUGUAUUUACCCCUUCUUAUCUGAUCCAUCCAGCAACUGAUGCUCCACACUGAUAACGUUCUUCUGAGGCCCAAGUUGUUCUCCACUUUAAGGUGACUUUACCGUCUUAUGGUUACAGAACCUUGCUGUGCUCAACCUGUACUCUUUUGAUAGUAUAGUAAUAGAGAAGUUGUACAUAUUGUUACAUUCCUUGAAGAAGAAGAAAAAUAUAAUUAUUGUUAAAUAUGUUUUAUGAAGGGGG